CUGAAAUACAUGCUCGAGAUUCUAAAGACAGGGAAGUGAUCCCAGUGACUCAUUUUCUGGCCAAAAGGCGUCACCAUUGCAAUCUUUCCGAUAACCGACAUUUACCCAUGUGUGACAAUGAUUCAUCCACAUAUCUCAACCUAUUUUUCUCGAUGCCAUUUCCCAAUCUGCCGAGUCUUACACCAUCUGAGGGACUUGAAAGUCAUCAAAAUGGCGGAUUUUGUCAAGGUCUACACGGCGGUGCCAGAGCAGCUCUUGGCUCUUUUGACUAAUCAACUGCCCUACUCGCUACCCCUCCUUCGACGUCUUCAGUUUACCAAGUUUGAAAAUGGCCUACGAGAGACAGCAAGAGUCAUCCUGGCAUCGGAAUCUCAAUUUGAGGGAGGGUUAGACUUUCCGAAGAGAUUCACUGCGGCGUAUAUCGACGUCGGCGGUGGCCCUGAUACGCAAACGUGGAUAUACUCGACCCUCGAGCAUCCUGACGAUGCCGACACCAACGACACGGCUAUCUAUGAACACCAGCUUCAAAAGAUAAUCGAGAAGAGUGUCGUGAUAGCCAAAGAUUAUGGGCGUCCACUCGUCUAUGGUGACGCUGUCUUGGUUGGAACAUUGCACGACUCAGUCCGAGAUCUACUCUCCAAGACAGGCCGAGUUCAGGCUCGUGAAACGGGUGCAUAUGACAAAUGGCUCUUCAAGUACGAGGAUCUGCCAAAGGAAGAAAUAGAUUUACCCGAGGGCAUGCAUUGGGGAACAGCAACAGACGAUGAUUGCCGAGUUGUCAUCUCCCGGACCAAUAUCCCGAGAACAGUACAAGUCCUGAGACGCAUGCCAAGCUUGGUAAUCAAGCUCGAUGACGGAACGCCUGUCUCCUGGGCUUUUCUGGGGUUCGAUGGCUCACUAAUCAGCCUCCACUGCGAGGAACCGUUUCGUCGACGUGGUCUUGCCAAGACGCUUGCUGCGAAGUUGUUUCGUGAAAAGUCUCUUGACUUUGCUGAUGAUGGCUGGUGUUCUGCUGAUGUGGCGCCCGACAAUGAUGGAAGUCGAGGAAUGUGCAAGAGAUUGAAUGGAAAACCGACUUGGAGGGUUUCAUGGGUGUUGCUGCUUGUCGGAGAGAAGCCGCCCACUGAAAGCAAUGGUACCAGGAACGCGUGAGAUACUCUGUGAGUAAUUCUCUGAACGAAUGCUAGGCGCAUGUGUCACAGGCUUAGUGCCCAGGAACUACACUUUCGUUGAAAACAGGGUAGAAUAAACGGUGCAAAGAGACGGUUGAGAUAGAGCGCAGAUAGAGAGAAGAUAGAAUGAGGCUAGAAAUCCAAUCAAUUUUCGCAUUCUGGCUGAAUUAGUCAUGCUGCCACGCUAUGAUGCAUGCUACUGAAUCGCCAUUGACCUUGGA